CGGGCCGAGAGGCCACGGACACUUCCGCUCCGGGGCCCCGGCUCGGCGUCCGGCAGGUUCUCACCUGUUCAUGAGAACAGGAAUCCUUAAGGACUCGAGGGUUGGAGACUGGUCAGAGGUCCGUGCCUGCUCUCAUUGCCAUAAGCUUCUCUUCGCCCAGGAGAUAUCUUGGGCUUCAUCCUUAGGAGUCUGCUCCUCCAUCAUCAGCAACAUGGAGGAAUGGACGCAUCUGGACCCUGCCCAGAGGGAGCUCUAUGGUGAUGUGAUGCUGGAGAAUUAUGGGAACCUGGUUUCAUUGGGACUACCAGUAUUUAAACCUGAUGUCAUCUCCCAGCUCAAGCUGGGAGGAGAGUCAUGGGUGCUGAAUGAUCCUGGAAUUAAGGAAAAAGAGAUCUUUAGAGGUGUGUCAAGAGGUUUUAAGAAAAAAUCUGAUGACAAAGAUUUUUUUACUCUACUUUCUAAAGAAGUAAAAUUGCAUGGAAGGGUAUCAGAAGAACUCCUAAGAGAUGUUAACCAGGUCAGGGAGUUAGGAGAAGCCUAUGAACUUAAUAGCUCUUUAGAGAGAAAGAGAAGAAAUACCAAAGGAGAGAAAUGUCUCCAGUCUGCUUCCCGGAAGAGAUUCCCAGCAUGUCACAGUCUUCUACAGGAAAACAGUUAGACAGGAG